GCCAAAAGCUGUGAGAACACUGCGAGCCAGAGCCGUGUUCACUUCGUCAAAAAUUGUUGUGCUUGUGUGAACGGUUCGAACUAUGAACACAAAAGCAACAAGACGGAAAAAAUCGUCGCUUACUGAAGUCAAAGUUGCUGUCAUUGGUGCACCAGGAGUUGGGAAAAGUGCGCUGUCAGUUCGAUUCCUUACGAAGCGAUAUAUUGGAGAGUAUGACCACCAGUCAGAAACUCGUUACAAACACGAAGUGUUAGUAGAUGGAGAACCAGUUCUUUACGAAAUUUUAGACACGUGUCCAAAGAAUGAAGAUGAUCUACCUUCUAGCGAGAUAAUAAACUGGGCUGAUGGCCUCCUUUUCGUUUAUUCCAUCACAAAUCGUCGCUCUUUCACUUUUCUGAAACGUGUAGGGACCCUGAUUGCAGAUUCCGACAUUCCUGUGUACAUAGUGGGUAAUAAAAAAGAUAUGGUUCACUUGAGGGAAGUUAGCGCUGAAGAAGGUGCAAUGUUAGCUAGAGACUUUGAAUGUGGAUUUUCGGAGGUAGCAGCUGCUGAACAAGUCGCUCCAGUUGCUGUGGUUUUUCAAGAAAUAUGUCGAGCGGUUCUGGCAGCUAGAAGAAAGUCGAAACAUUCGCUGCUUGAACGAAUGCUUGGAUCACGAACUAGUAAUUUACGGCUGUAUGUCAGAGGGAAAAGUGAUAGUGCGUUACCGAAAGACUGACGAUUUUGAAAAAAAAAAUUUGGAACUGAAGUUGUAUUUAUUGCACGUAAUAAUAUUGUAAACACAGUUUGAGAGUGAGCUUGAAAUUAGUUAUUGUUUUACGAGUACGUUUUUAUAAAAGUUUUGAAUUUUGAUUGAAUCUAGAUCUAACAAUUACUGUGAUUAUUUUGUCACUCCAGUGUAUAACUAAUUUCAAAUUUGCAUUUCUUCUAAAAAUAUUCAAGUGUAUAAGACAGAUGAAAAAAUAAAAUGUAAAGUUACUAUCA